CCGUAAACACACCUGUUGAGUGUUGCAGGUUAAAGACCUUAGGAGGUGAAGCACAAGCCUGCAUUUUAAUGUAAAGUAUGUAAUGUUGAUCAAUAUAUCUAGUGACACACCCACAGGCGAUUGUAUUAGACGGAUUAUUCACUUAUAUGGUAAUGCAUGGUGCUUGUAGAGUGACAUAAUGGCCACAUAAUUAGGUGCUGUAAGCAGGUGUCUUAAUAUCAUGUACCUUAUACUGUACAGGGUUGUUGGUUGCAGUAAUUGAUGGUAAUGAGCUUCAUAUAAGGUUCAUACUGCCACAAUGGAGCCAGCUGAUGACUAUGAUUCCAAUAGUGAGAGUUAUUCUGCAGAAUCUUCAAGGCAGUCAGAAGAAUCCUCAGAUGAGUAUGAAGAUGCAGAGUGGCUGAAACAUGUUGAGAAUGAUGGCUCACUCCUCUAUGUGGAGUCUUAUGUUUCAAGUACAGUCAGAGAAAAACAAGUGCAAGCUCUUAAAGCAUCUGGAGCAAUUGAAAAGAAGCCAGCUGUCUUAUCCCCAACAAAAGAAAUAAAGAAGAAAAACAAACUUCUAAGAUUACUGAAACGUAGACCAAGUGUAAGAGUUAAGGGCACAUCACGAGUUGGUUUUGGGGGAGAAGGAGGAGCAAAAGGUGGGUCAGAUUUGGCCUCCCCUCCUAAAGUGACCUUCAGGGAUAACCCAAGUGGAGAAGUGAGGAAAGUUAAUCUUCAGGUUUAUGAGGGUGGCAACAACCUGGGGAGACGGGCAAGUCUGUGUGAGACGGUUCUUGGUGUUGUGCCGGGCCGCUUCAGUGAACCUCCAGAUUCACGAGUUAUGGUUGCUGGCCUUGUGCCUGGCUCACAAGCACUAAGGAAUGGAGUCAUAAAGAUUGGUGACUGGUUGAAGGAGGUGGAUGAAACUGACGUCACAUGGGAUAAUCUGGAUGAUAUAUUGGCAGAGCUACAGAUUCCCUCAACAAUUACUUUGUCCGUCCAAAAAUGUGCCUCAGAGACCCUCCCAGAGGAGUUCGAGAGUGAUCACAAGAGAGUAACACAGACUCAACUAGUGAAGGUGGUAACAGGUGUAGAGGUAACCAAUCCAGACACAAACUACCUGCAGCAGUUGCCCCACACCCUCCUCUACCUCAGCCUUGUGGGUGUUACUGAGGAUUCCCCCGAUGGUGCUGACAUAAGGUACCAGUUUCCAAAUUGGAGUAACAAGUUAGUGAAGGUACGAGGAAUGUUCAUCACUACCGCUCAUACCGUGCAGGAGGUGGUUGGUGCUCCAGCGCUGUGCUCCACUGUGUGUCUAGAUGGGGAGUACUAUCAUGUUGCUUAUGUUAGAGAGAACAAUGAUGUUUUUCUCCUGGCACUGCCACACACUUAUGUGUCCAGUCAUGAUAUUGUUGCAUUGAUGGACCAGAUUGCCAGCCUAAUUAAGUUUGAAUUUGAAACACUAUCCAAGGGAGUUGGUGAUGCAAAAAACAAGACCUACUUGGAUCACCUGAUGAGCCAUAUCCUGGGGACAGUACUGGGUCAAGGUCCACGAGAAGGAAAGAACCCAGGACAACCUAAGAGGGAAUCAUCUGGACCACAGUCAUCAGCAAGACUAAAUCCUUACCUACCAUUAAUUCCUAUUAGUCCCCAGAGUUUUGUCUUUGCUUAUCCAACAUGGCUCGUAUUGCAAGAUGGUGAUGAAGCUAAGCUUCAGAUUGACAACUGCCUCAGUGAACUGGAAUCAGGAGACUUUGGUGAUGAUGAUUCAGAUUAUGAGGAUUCCCUUUCAUUAUACAACAUCUUGGGCUGCUGCUUGUUCUAUAAGGGCCAUCUUGUAGCAUCUCAUUUGUCUUGUGAGGAUCUGAGACAUGUAUGGCUGUUCAAUUGUCACCAUGGACUCCUUUCUCUCACUACCCACGAGUCAGUCAGCCAGUUGGUGGCUUGGCGGACUGUGUACCCUCCUGGAGAGAUCGGCGCCUGCCGUAAUGACAGAAUUAAACAUUACCUCCUUGUUGUUGCUAUGAACCACUGUAUCCUGUGUCUUCUUCUUGAGUCUGGAGGAAUCUCUCAUCUAGUAGAUGAAGGUGCUGGACCAGAUCCACUUCUUGUAGAUCAAGCCGAGGCUUCACUCUAUCAGCUUCAUGCACUCCACGUCAACAGUGUGUGUGAGGAUACCUUAAACAAUGGAGGUAUUGAAACUAUUUCUGCAGAUGAAAAAAUGGGUAAAAUAAUGCCAAGCAAAAAGGGAAAGGAUAAAAAUGAAGUAGUGGAAGCUGGAGGACUCAGACUACCUGAUGUUCCUUCAAUUCUAAAGCAGAAGUCAUCACCGCUGCCUGAGUCAAGGUUACACGUCCACGACCACACCGGAUGCGAGUGUGAGGGAAGCCUCGGAGAAACCAGCGAAGACUCCUUCACCCACAGCUCCCGAGAUUCAUUAGAGGAAGAUGAGGAGGGUGAUGAUGAAUCAGAAUCAGACUGGAGGAUUUUUAAACCUUCUGAGAGUCGAGGCCUUCACCAGUACGAUUUGGAUAUAAAAAGCCCACUUCAUAAACGAGCUGUCUCACCCAUAAGAGUUACAAGUGGAAAGGAUGGCGUUCUGUUCCAUCUGGUGCAACUUGAGGUUGGGGAAGGGGUGAUCAUUCAAUCCCGGCCCUCCACUAUGUCAUCAUCUCCAAUAAUUUCCCCUGUUGCAGUCUCCCCGAUCUCUGCCUCCCCUUCACAGCCUCCACCACCAUUCCAUGCACAAGUUUUACAGAGCUUCAGGUCAACAUGUGCUCAUAUACAUCAUGUUCUUCAUGCUGCAGUAAGGGGGAAGGAACCCAAUGGAAACUACAGUGGCAGCACAUCACUCAGUGGCAUCAAGGAACAUGGAAUUUUGUUCACAUACACUCCUCCCACCACAGAUGGAGGAAGCACAGGCAAAAGAAGACCCCAGUCCUUUUCUUAUUGGGUUGUAGGACGUCUGCUUCUGGCACCUUAUCAACGAGAAGUGUAUGUGUGUUACCAUGAUUCUAUACCUCAGAAUGUCCUUGAAUUAGCUUUCAAGGUAUCGCUUGGAUGUGUAAUAUGAUUGAAAACUGACAACUUGAAAGGUGGUCCAGAGUGUUAAGUGACCACCCAGAAAUAAGAAGUACCGGAUCAAAACAUAAUGUAAACACUGAAUGUCAGCAACACUGGUGUUUUGAGGAGAUACAGAGUACUACAGUAUAAAUGGUAUUUAAUGGAUGCAAAAAUGAAAUACAUAUUGUACAGUACAAAUAAAAAACAAACAAUAAAAUUGACAGGGGAUGAGAA